AUGGCGCCCGGCAUUCUCAAGGACCCCGGCUUUGCCCCCGCCGAACCACAGCCCGCUAAAAGAAGAAAACUCACUGUGCCGGUGCCUGUCCAGCAUGUCGAGGACGACGAGGAUGUGGCGACCGCUGUGCCUGCACACCCGCUGGGCAUCAAGCCAGCCGGCAAUGCGUACACGGCAACCGAGAACAUCAAGGCGAGAUGCGGAUCCUUUGCCCGGCUGCCUGACGAGCUGCUGAACCACAUUCUCGAGUCAUUCGAUGCUGACGCGCUGGUACGCCUGGGCAGCACCUGUCGAGCCCUGUACGCCUUUACACGGCUGGACGAGCUGUGGCGGGCCUUAUUUGUAGGAUCUCCACCGGAGAACUUCACAUGGCGCGGCACCUGGCGCGCAACCUAUCUCAACACGCCGCCAGCGCACACCACCAGCAUCUCCUGCAACAACCUCUUCUCCGACGUGUUGUACCGCCCCUUCCAAUGCGCCCACACGUCGCUCAAACCCUACACGACCAACAUCCCCCCUAGCAACGCCAUCGCACGCCUCCCCGACUUAACACCGGAAGAGUACUCGGCGCGCUGGACCGACAAGCCCUUCAUCCUCACGGAGCCCGUAAAGCAGUGGCCCGUCUACGGAACCUGGACGCCAGAGUACCUCCUCGCCAACUUCGCGUCGACGAAAUUCACAGCCGAAGCCGUCGACUGGCCCCUCUCCACCUACACGUCCUACAUGCAGAACAACGCCGACGAAUCCCCGCUGUACCUCUUCGACCGCGCCUUCGCCUCCAAGACGAACAUGCCCACGAGCGGUCCAGACGCUGCCUACUGGACCCCCUCGUGCUUCGGCGCAGAUCUGUUCAGCGCCCUAGGUUCCCAGCGCCCCGACAGCCGCUGGCUGAUCCUCGGGCCCGCAGGAAGCGGCAGCACAUUCCACAAAGACCCCAACGCAACCAGCGCGUGGAACGCCGUGCUGACGGGCUCCAAAUACUGGCUGAUGUUCCCCUCGUCGCCCUCGACCCCGCCACCACCGGGCAUCCUCCUCAACGCCGACGCGAGCGAGAUCACAGCGCCCCUCAGCAUCGCAGAGUACCUCCUCUCGUUCCACGCGCUCGCCCGCGCUACACCGGGCGCGCACGAGGGCAUCUGCUGCGCGGGCGAGAUCUUGCAUGUCCCCAGCGGCUGGUUCCACCUCGUGCUCAACCUGUCGCCUUCGUUGGCGCUGACGCAGAACUUCGUGCCCGAGGCCAAGUUGGCCGACGUCCUUGCUUUUCUGCGCGACAAGAGGGAGCAGGUGAGUGGGUUCGCAGACGAUGUAGCAGAGCGGGCGUAUGAGGUUUUCGUGGAGCGGUUGCGGGAGCACUGGCCGGGGUUGUUGGAGGAUGGGGUCAGGGAGUUGGAGAGGAGAGAUCAGAGGGCCAAGGCUGGGGGGGGGGAGGUGGGAGGUGUUGACCAAGGGAGAAACAGGGGAAGAAGGAGGGGAGGAGAUGGGGGGAGGGGUGUUUAG